GUAAAAAAUAUCACUGUGUGUUUGGCUCCUCCAGGUGAUGGCGAUGAUGACGAGGAGGAAGGUCGUGAGGAGCGCCUUCCAUCUUGUUACGACUACGUCAUGCAUUUCCUCACCGUCUUCUGGAAGGUUCUGUUUGCCUGCGUCCCGCCAACAGAGUACUGGAACGGCUGGGCCUGCUUCUUCGUGUCCAUCAGCGCCAUCGGGCUCCUCACCGCCAUCAUCGGGGAUUUGGCAUCGCAUUUCGGCUGCACCGUGGGGCUGCGGGACACUGUGACCGCCGUGGUGUUUGUGGCGCUGGGAACUUCCAUUCCAGACACCUUUGCUAGCAAAGUGGCUGCCAUACAAGACCAGCAUGCCGACGCAUCGGUUGGAAAUGUCACUGGCAGCAACGCAGUCAACGUGUUCCUGGGGAUCGGAGUGGCAUGGUCAGUGGCCGCCGUGUACUGGAGAAUUAAAGGAAAGGAGUUCCGGGUGGAUCCUGGAUCACUGGCGUUCUCCGUCACGCUCUUCACCAUCUUCACGUUCAUCUGCAUGUCCGUGCUAUUGUUCAGACGCCGGCCCUCCAUCGGCGGAGAGCUUGGCGGCCCGAAAGUGUCCCGCCUCCUGACCACCCUCCUGUUCCUGGGUCUGUGGUUCCUCUACAUCCUCUUCUCCAGCCUAGAGGCCUACUGUCACAUCAACGGCUUUUAAAGAGGAGAUGAAGAAUGUUCCAGAAGAAUUUUGCACAGCAGCACACACAAAAUCGUUGACUCUCAGUCCAUUUAGUCCACGGUUUAACACAAAACAAGUGUAAGAUUCAUCUGGUUAAUAGGGCUUCAGAUACAUGUUCACAAACACUACAUUUAAGCAUGUGUAAACAGCGCAUUUUAAACACAUUCAUUGUUACUUGGAAGAUGAGGGUUAAGAGGAAGUAUUUUUGGAGGGUGAGAGCGUGAAAACGAAAGGUUACUGCGGAUAGUUAACGGGGAGCAGACGGAGAGUGACAGAGAAUGACUGUGACGGGAGAUUCAGAGGUGAAAAGAAGGUCAGGUCAGUCAGAGGAGUGCUGCUUUAUUCACUUUAAAGCCAGGUGUGUUUAUUUUGGGUUGAGGAGCUCACUUCCAGGAUCAGACCACUGAGACGGAUCACAAACCUGUGAGCAUUGAAGGAAAAAUACCUUUGUUUUCCUUUAGUCUCUCAUUCAAACCAUCAACUCUGCAGCUUCAUGUUUCUUCACUGAGGAAGUGGAGGAGCACUGCAUCAAAUAAGGAGUCGAAUGUUUACAACAACAUUACAUUUGUUUACUACUAGAGGUUCUUGUAUAGUGGUGAUGCUUGUCUAAUACGCAGUAUAGCUGAAGGUGGCUCUCCACACGCGCUGUAAAUAGUACAAACCGUUGUACAUAUAGAGUGUAGUAAUUUCACAGGGCAGGCUGCCACACAAAAGGAUGCAGAGACAGAAAUGCCAGGUUUCUACUGUCGCUGUCAGCAAAGCUUCGAUGAUUUUCAUUGCACAGGCUGGAACACUGGUAGUUGCAAAUAUUACAAAUGUCAGCGGCUUUAGUUUUAGCGACAUGCUAAGUGGAAAAUAAAAGUUUUAGCAACCAAAACAAGUAAAUAAGAAGCUGCAUAAGUGUAACACUGACUAAAAGAACAUCUUUGUACUAAUCUCUUUACCGGACCACAGCCUCUGACAGGGGCUUGCAUAUAAAGCUGAAGGAUUAGUUUUUGCAUGUAUAGCCAUGUACAGAGCAUCUUCACAUUAUAUGUCAUGUACAUGCUAUGAAAAAGGGAAUAACCAGCCUAAUUAUCCACCUGUAAAUUACAUCCCUGUGUUUUUGUGUCGACUCGGUGAACAGAAACUGUCAGCUAGUCCUUGAUGUUAAAUCUUCCUGUAUAAAACAGAAGAAGCCGUUUGGUCCGGGAGGAA